UCCCUCUCCCAGCUGCAGUGGUGAGGGCGCCGUUUUUUUGACAUGCCUCCUCUUGCUGCCAGCUUCACGUCUUGAACUGCUUUUAUCUGAGUCAUUUUAAUAAAAAAGUUUGAACGACGGGCUGGGCAGAAUGAAGCUGCCGGUGGAGGUCAACGUGUUUCUGCUCUCCAUGUUGUCUCCUGGAGUUUUAUUCCUCAUAAACAGGAUCCCGGCAUUUCAGGAACCUCUGCCUAUCCUGGGAAUGGGAAUGGUGGUCCUGGGAUCCAAUCUUAUCCUCCUCAUCCUCACAGUGCAGCACAAAACGAAACUGGAUAUUUUAUUUUAUGUGUUUGCAGAGUUUUCCUUCUGCUGCACGCUGGGUCUGACCAAUGCUUUAGAGCAGGAUGGGUUCAUCUCUGGAUUCAUGGACUUUUAUCUGCGGACUGGCGAGCCUCAUCUCAGCACCGCCCACGCUGUGAUGAUGUCUUACUGGGAGGCUGUGCACCUCAUCCUCCUCCUCGCGAUCAUACAUCGCAUGUUUACAGGGAAGUCUUAUCGAAGCCUGGGCCUGCUGUGGUCGGGGUCAUCCAUUGCCAAUCAAAUGGUCCACAUUCCAGGGGUGAUCAUUGGUAAGUAUGGGUCAAACAUUCGACCGGCGUUUUGGAGGAACAUCCCGUUCUUUUUGGUGCCAUUUUGGGCAGCUUACCAGCUCUUCAGCAGACGAAGGGAGAUGCCGAUCAUCACAGCAGACAAGAUUGCUGCAGAGCAGAAGAAAAGUCUUCAGUCUCGACCUGCAGACCUGCUCCUGUCUGUCCUCUUACUGGGAGUUCUGGGUUUCUUUGUUUUCAGGGGCAUGGUGGUGCUGGACUGUCCUCUGGACGCCUGUUUCACCUACAUCUAUCAGUUUGAGCCGUACCUCAAAGACCCGGUUGGCUUUCCYAAGUUUACGAUGCUGGUGUAUUUAUUCUACGCCGUGCCCYUGGUCACCGUCCUCCUCUAUGGUCUGAAGACCCCUGGAUGCAGCUGGAUGUUGGACUGGUCCAUCUUCUUUGCUGGAGCCAUGGCUCAGACCCAGUGGUGUCACAUCGGAGCAUCUCUGCACUCCCGCACUCCCUUCACGUACAGGGUCCCCGUUGACAAAAAGUGGCUCGUUAUCGCCCUGAACGUGCUGCUCGCCGUCGCCCCGGCCCUGCUGGCCCUACGCUGCCUCAGAAAUCCUGCCUUUUUUAUGAAACCUGCUCCUGAGGGACAGAGCAACAACGAGAAGAAGGAGGACUGAAUCAGGCGGCAGCUUCUGAAUGUAGAGGGGGGAAAUACAACUCAACGCAGUGACGAAGCAAAUGUUGAAAGAACUGUUUAGGAUCUGCAAACUGAAUUAACCCUCCACCCCUUUUCUUUUUUUUCUUUUCAUCCCCACAACCUUUAAAAAAAUAUCCAAGGGAAAUUUAAAAACUUUGCUCUCUGGGUCAACUUUUGUAAAGCCGGCAGCUCACACGGCACUCCCUGCAGGGGACUGUUGGACCCUGAUAAGAGGGCCGCUGAUGGAGGCGAGGACUGUGGUCAGACCACUCUGCGUUCAGGUGACUCACACAGAUAUCCAGCCGUCACAGUUUCAGAUUACUAACCGCUCACCAACACACGACUGCAGGACUGACAAUUGGUUUGUCUUUAUGCCGUAACUCACAACAAAACUCCACUAUUUAUUUUUAUUCAUUUAAAACCAUCAGGGUUAAAGAGAAAUGAUACAGCUUUAAGGAGGACAGGAUGUUGAGAAGAUUCACUGGAUUUAAAGAAAAAAACAGCUUUAUUAAAAUACAAAAAAAAAAAUGUAGUUUUUGUCAUUGUUCUUACACAUUAGUGUUGUUUUCACUAAACUGUUCAAACCAAAUGUGUAUUUAUUUUACAUUAACAAAAAAAAGUUGCAGAUGUAAAAUAUACUCCUGUUGGGACUGAUUUCAGUCUUUCAUGUUUAUAUGUAUGAUUAAAAGAAAUAAGCUCUCA